CAAUUCAUCAAGACAUUGAUUUCUAUGCAAUUUGUGGGAUUGGUCCUGGUAUGUCAUUUGCUAAUUUUGUGUUGAAAAAUGAUCCAAACAUAGGUGUGAUUGGUUUGGUUCCAUGUGCUGUUGGUGCCACAAAUAUUAGCCAAUGGUCUCAAGGUUCAUUUUUUUUAUAAUCAAAUGUUGAAUAGGACUCGAAUCGCGUUACAAGAUGAUAGAAUACUUCGAGCCCUUCUUUGGUAUCAAGGAGAGACUGACACUCUGAAUGACGAUGCUAAAUUGUACAAAUCAAGAUUGUAUAAAUUCUUCACUGAUGUGCGCAAUGACUUGAAUACACCUACAUUACCGAUUAUUCAGGUGGCAUUGGCAUCAAAAUUUGGGCCUUAUACAGAGGAAAUAAGACAGGCCCAAUUAGAAACUCAGCUUCAAAAUGUGAAAACAGUUGAUGCUAAUGGGCUCAAAAUAGGCCCAGAUUUUGUUUAUCUCAAUACUCCAUCAGAGGUCCAACCCUUUCUGGGCUUUGGUUCAGCCCAUAAUUUAUUAUAAUUCUUUUAAAAAAAAAGGUCAAAAUUAUUAGUUCUUAUAAAUUUAAAUUUUAUGCGGUAACGAUAAUAAAGAAAUAUUAAUACAAAUUUGUGUAGUGUAAUACCUAUUUAAGGAGAAAGUGUUCCUGAUCGAUCUUUUUUUCAUAUUCAUGACUCAAAUUUGAAAUCUCUGAUGAAUAAUGAAGGUAUCUUAUUUAACCCGCCACAACCUUUAUUUGCUACCGACUCUCUCAAGCAUGUGUAUUUCUUUUUUCCUUUUUUAUUUUUCGAUAUUUGUAUUAAGAGUCGCAUGUCUUAUUUCUAGGUCGAUGCUCCUAACAUAAUUUUUUCCAUUUUGAGUUACUCGAACUUAAGACUUCUGAUUAAGAAUAAAUGAAUCUCAAUCAUUUCAUACAUCUCAGAUUAUCAACUUUGUUUUAAAGUAUACAUAUUACUCAAUUAUUAAACACUUUUGCCAGCUUGAUUAAACCAAUCAAUUAUGUGCUUAAUCAUUCAAUUAAAAAAAUAAUAACUGACAACAAAUUUUAUAUUAUUAUAUUCAAGAAUCAAGAUCCAGGUUUAUAGGUAAUUUCCACGUUCAACCUUAUUGGUAAUUAAAUUUGAA